AGUUGACAACCAAUUCAUUGCAAUAAUAAUAAAAUGUAGUUGUGUUAAUUUCUUGCAUCCGUAAUAAGAUCUAUUGAUUCUGAUAUCUUCAUUAGUAAAGUUUUUCCAUGUUAUUUUUCUCGGAUCACCAUGUUUGUGUCACUAUUCUUGAUAGCAAUUCUAUUCUUGCUUUCAUACCUCUUAUUAAAGUCAUCACUUUUCAAAGGUAGUAAUAGUAAUUACAAAUUACCACCUGGUCCAUAUGGUUUACCAAUUCUUGGCAAUCUUCAUAGAUUGGGUGAUCUCCCACAUCAAGAUCUUCAAAAAUUAUCCCUCAAAUAUGGACCCAUAAUGUAUAUGAAACUAGGUCUAGUCCCAGUCAUUGUUAUCUCAUCACCGGAGUCAGCCGAACUAAUUUUCAAAACUCAUGACAUUGUUUUUGCUAGUAGACCAAUACUUGAGUGUGGAAGAUACUUUGGUUAUGAGCAAAAGGGUGUAGUUUUCAAACAAUAUGGUUCCUCAUGGCGAUAUAUUCGAAAACUAUGUACUGUACAUUUACUUACCAAUUCGAAGAUUGAAUCGUUCAAGUCUACACGAGAAAGUGAAGUGAGAAAUGGUGUUGAAUCCAUUAAAGUUGCAGCUGCUAGUCAAGUAGUUGUGGAUUUGAGCUUUAUAGUGGGAUCAUUAGCGGAAGAAAUAACACAUAAAACUAUAUUUGGAUCACUUAAGGACGAUCAGUUUAACUCUAAGUUUCUCAUCCAGGAUGCUUUUCGGUUAAUAGGAGCCUUCAACAUUGCUGAUUAUAUUCCGUACGUGGGAUCACUUGACCUUCAGGGAUUGGUCAGGGAUAUGAAAUCAACCGGCAAACUGGUAGAUGAAUUCCUGGAACAUAUUAUCGACCAACAUAUAAAAGACCAUGGAAUAGCACAACAUGAUCAUUAUCAAGGGGACUUCGUCGACAUUUUGUUAUCCUUAAUGAAUGCACAAGAGAAUACCAUGAAUAAGGAACUGAAAUUAGAUCGAGAGAAUGUCAAAGCAAUCUUGUUAGACAUGAUUGCAGCAAUGAUGGAUACAUCAGCAACGACGGUCGAGUGGGCUAUCUCAGAACUCAUAAAGAACCCUCGUAUCAUGAAACUAGUUCAACAAGAAUUAGAAACAGUGGUCGGGUUGGAUAGACAAGUCGAAGAGACUGACCUAGUGAAGUUGGAAUACUUAGAGAUGGUACUAAAAGAGACUAUGAGACUUCAUCCUCCAGGCCCGCUCUUGAUUCCUCGUGAAUCCUUGGAUGAUAUCAACAUUAAUGGUUACGAUAUACCAAAACAGACUCGUGUAUUUGUGAACGUUUGGGCCAUCGGAAGGGAUAAAAAAGUGUGGUCGGAAAAUGCUGAGGAAUUUUACCCAGAGAGGUUCAUUGAGGUGGAUACAGAUAUGAAAGGGCAAGACUUUAAGAUUCUGCCGUUUGGCUCAGGUCGUAGAGGUUGCCCUGGAAUGCAGUUGGGUUUAACCAUGGUCCGGUUGAUGUUGGCACAAUUGGUGCAUUGCUUUAAUUGGGAACUCCCUAAUGGAAUGUCACCCUAUAAGUUGGAAAUGAAUGAAAAGAUGGGUUUAACCGUUCCUAGGGCUAACCAUUUGAUGGCAGUCCCAAGUUAUCGGUUAACCAUAUAGGUUCCAACAAUACCGAUCGAUCAAAACGCUCAUCAAAAUAUGUUUUUGUUGUUUGAUUUUUACUUGUAAUUUUUGAGUUUAAGUCUAGCCCUCGUUGCUUUCCCUUCUUUUACUAAUAAAUUUUCCCUGGGGGUUUGCUUUUAGAGUAUAUUCCUCAGAUCCACUGUACAAGAUUGUGGUGUAUUUGUGGAGUAUAAAUUUUACUAA